AAAAAAAAACCAAAAAAUAAGUCUUUCUUUAUGUUCUUUUUUCAGGUAAUAGAGCAUGAACAUCCAGUAAAUAAGAUUUCUUUCAUUGCUCGGGAUGUGACAGACAACCGGGCGUUUGGUUAUGUGUGUGGAGGAGAAGGCCAGCAUCAGUUUUUUGCCAUAAAAACUGGGCAACAGGCUGAGCCAUUAGUCGUUGAUCUUAAAGACCUUUUUCAAGUUAUCUAUAAUGUAAAGAAAAAGGAAGAGGAAAAGAAAAAGGCCGAAGAAGCCAACAAAGCAGUCGAGAAUGGAAGUGAGGCCCUAAUGACACUGGAUGACCAAGAAAACAAACUGAAAUUGGGUGUGAACCAGAUGGAUUUGUUUGGGGACAUGUCUACACCUCCUGACCUAAAUAGUCCAACAGUAAGUGCUUGUUUUUAAAUUUGCAAUGUAAUGGAAAUGACAUCUAUAAUUCAGAAUUGGCUGUUCACCAGAAAUCUUGAGCAUCUCACUGAAAUUUGGAAGGUGACUGCAGAUUUUUUCACAUAAAGUGUAAAUAGCUACUAGACUAAAUGUGACUCUUCAGUCACAAAGGGAACCUGUCAGAUACAGGAAUAUUGCUUAGAGCUUAAGUCUGAGCAAUGGGUCAGGCAAUGAGAGCCUUCUUAGUAUUACUUAGGAUCAAAAGAAGCUGAGUGGUAAUUCUUGGCCUAAGCCUACUUGAAGAAAGUAUGAUCAUUGCAUGACUAAUUAUAAAGCUUCCUGGCCUCUUCAGUCCCCCUCCAGCUUCUGUUGCAAUGUAACCGUGUAAACUUGUAAAGUGAAAUUUCAACAAAAGGCUCAUUACGUGCAAGCAAAGCCCAUCCUUCUCAAAAAC